AGCCCGUGAAGGCCAACUUCCCAUCACGGCUAUAAAAGGACCCAACCCCGCGUCAACCCUCGACAAAACAGCGAACAAAGACACCUCGUCUGAAUAGCCGAAGCAGAAGUCUCUGCAAUCUCAAUUCCAAUCUCCCACGCCACUCGCGCUCCAAGCAGACACCGACCAAGCAAAAAUGUCGCUGAUUCACCGCGGCAACGUGUUCGACCCCUUCUCCCUCGACCUCUUGGAUCCCUUCCAAGGCUUCCCCUUCGGCUCUGGCAGUAGCAGCGGCAGCCUCUUCCCACGCACCUCCUCUGACUCUGAGACCGCGGCCUUCGCCGGCGCACGCAUCGACUGGAAGGAGACCCCCGAGGCCCACGUGUUCAAGGCGGACGUGCCGGGGCUGAAGAAGGAGGAGGUCAAGGUGGAAGUGGAGGACGGCAACAUCCUCCAGAUCAGCGGCGAGCGCAACAAGGAGCAGGAGGAGAAGACCGACAAGUGGCACCGGAUGGAGCGCAGCAGCGGCAAGUUCCUGCGCAGGUUCCGGCUGCCGGAGAACGCCAAGACGGAGCAGAUCAAGGCGUCCAUGGAGAACGGCGUGCUGAUCGUCACCGUGCCCAAGGAGGAGAUCCAGAAGCCCGACGUGAAGUCCAUCCAGAUCUCCGGCUAGAGUGCCCAGCUGCGUCUGCUCCUGAAACAAACCGUUCUCGCUUGUGUUCUCUGGAAUCUGUAGUGUUCUCCGCAUCCCGAGUCCAAAAUGCGAGCGUCUGUGUAGUUUGAUUACUGCAUACUGAGUUGUGGCUGUUGCCUGUUGGGUGUGUUACGUGCCAGUCGGAAGCCUGAUGUGUUGUGUUGAUCAGUGUCUGUGUUUAUACUAAACCAAGUUUCGAUGGGUUUCUAUGUGUGUUAGCGGUUACUAUUCCAUUGCAAUCUUUGUCUCUA